GCAGGCUGGACGGUUCGAGGCGAGCUCCCCCCACCCUUGCUCCGGCUUGCGGAAUUUCCCCUCCUUGUCGCCGGUAUCGGGGCGGCCUCUUCAGGCAGCCGAGCGAGAGGCCAGUAGUAAUAAGAUGUCAAAGAAAAAACCACAACAAGAAUCAAGAAAGAAACCAGGAGGAUGUAAAACCAAGUUGCGAACUCAUGAUAAAUGGCUUCCUCCUAAAAUGCCAGAUGUAUCAAGAAUUUUGAAGGUUCCUGGAAAUGAAGAAGAGGAGUCUGAUGAGAUGUUUGAUCUACCCUUGCAUAGUACUGCUGUGUCUAUUUAUGAAGAUGAAGAAGUAGAAAAAGACCAGUAUUCAGAACAUGAUGAGUCCAUCGGCAGUUCAUCUGAUAACAGUAAACUUGAUGCUCCUGUGACCAUCAGUAAGGUAGCAAAGCGAGGUCACAAACAGAAAAGCAACAAUCAGCUUCCCAUAAAAUCAAGGCGAGUGAUGAGAGAAGAUUCUGAACCAGAACUGGUAGAAGAGAAUAUGAUGCCUAGAAUGACUGCUAAAUCCCCUGUGCAGCAAGAGGAGGGAUCUUCGCCAGAGAUGAAGGCACAGAACAUUGAUCCAGAUGGUGAUACCACAUAUUCAAUAAAGAUUUGGCACCCCAAUGGGUUUUCCAGGCGUGUCACAGAAUCGGAUGUUAUUCUGGAUGAGUUUGAGAAAAUAACAGCCCAGUACAAACAGGGAGUGGAGAUGAAAAUAUGUAGGAAAGCUAUUGAUAGCUUUUAUAUUGGUUUCAGAGACCAGCUCAUCAAUACUAGCACAGGAGCUGAGGAAUUCAGGAAAACAAAGUUGAAAAGAAUAAAGAUGGUUGGAAAGAUAAAUAAGAAAAGGCUUCGUUUGAUAGAAGUUAAAGAAGAACUAAUUAGAACUGAACCACAGCUGAAGAAAUUGCAAAGAGAAUGCGUUGAACUAAAAGAGAAAAUAUCAUCUCUCAGAAAUGCAAGACAGUUACUAAAAAAUUUAAAGGACCUACAACAUGAAUAUGUCUGUAACCAGAAGAAAAAUCCACAAGGAAAAGUAGUUUAUGGAGUUCACAGCCUUCCUGCCCUCUUGGUGGAAUCACGAAGGAUUUUAGGAGCGGAAAGUCACUUUCGAAAUAUAAACUCAAAAUUACAACAAAUGUUGGAUUUACAGAGCAAAUAGAGAAAAAUGAAAUACAAAC